CGCGCGCGGCCGUGACAUGGGAGCGCAGGCAUGGGCUGGCGCGCCGUGCACACGCCGCACAUCGCCGCCGGCUUGCUGCUGCUGCUGCUCGCGCACUUGCCAGUAACGUGCCACCAGGAACACCAGGAUGCAGUGCACAUCACCGCGAUCCUGGGCGAGAGCGUCGUGUUCAACUGCCAGGUGGACUUCCCCGAGGAUGUCCCCGUGCCGUACGUGUUGCAGUGGGAGAAGAAGGUAGGCGAAACGGGACAGGACAUCCCGAUCUACAUCUGGUACGAGAGCUACCCGACGCACAGCGGGGAGGGCUACGAGGGCCGAGUGUCGCGCGUGGCGGAGGACUCGCCCUACGGCGCGGCUAGCCUCAACCUCACCAACAUUAGGGAGUCGGACCAGGGCUGGUACGAGUGUAAGGUGGUCUUCCUCAACCGGUCACCGAACCAGCACAAAAAUGGCACCUGGUUCCACCUGGACGUGCACGCGCCACCGCGCUUCUCCAUCACACCGGAAGACAUUAUAUACGUUAAUUUAGGGGACGCGAUAAUCCUGAACUGCCAGGCCGAGGGCACGCCCACGCCCGAGAUCCUAUGGUACAAGGACGCGAACCCCGUGGAGCCGUCCGGCACCGUGGGCAUCUUCAACGACGGCACGGAGCUGCGCAUCAGCAACAUCCGCCACGAGGACAUCGGCGACUACACGUGCAUCGCGAGGAACGGCGAGGGCCAGGUGUCGCACACGGCCAGGGUCAUCAUAGCCGGCGGGGCGGUCAUCACGAUGCCACCAACGAACCAGACGAAGCUAGAAGGCGAGAAAGUGCAGUUCUCCUGCGAGGCCAAAGCCCUGCCCGGGAACGUGACAGUGAAGUGGUUCCGCGAGGGCGCGCCCGUGGCCGAGGUGGCGGCGCUCGAGACCCGCGUCACUAUUCGGAGGGACGGAGCGCUUGUCAUCAACCCUGUGGCGGCUGACGAUUCUGGCCAGUACCUCUGCGAGGUGUCCAAUGGCAUUGGUGAUCCGCAGAGCGCGUCCGCGUACCUCAAUGUAGAAUACCCAGCAAAAGUGACGUUCACGCCAACAGUCCAAUACCUGCCCUUCCGCCUGGCGGGCGUGGUGCAGUGCUACAUCAAGGCCAACCCCCCUCUCCAGUACGUGACGUGGACCAAGGACAAGCGCCUCCUGGAGCCCUACCAGACCAAGGACAUCGUGAUCAUGAACAAUGGCUCGCUGCUGUUCACGCGCGUCAACCAGAAUCAUCAGGGCAGAUAUACUUGCACGCCUUAUAACGCGCAGGGCACGCAGGGCUCUUCAGGACCGAUGGAAGUACUAGUGCGGAAGCCACCAGCGUUUACAGUAGAGCCAGAACCAUUGUACCAAAGAAAGGUGGGCGAGAGUGUGGAGAUGCACUGCGAGGCGCAGGAGGCGGAGGGUACGCAGCGGCCGACGGUGGCGUGGCGGCGGCGCGACGGGCUGCCGCUGCAGAAGUCGCGAGUGCGCGCUCUGGGCGGCAACAUCACCAUCGACACCCUGCGGCGGCAGGACUUCGGCAUCUACCAGUGCGUCGCGGCUAACGAGGUGGCCACAAUCACCGCGGACACCCAGCUGGUGAUCGAGGGCACGCAGCCGCACGCGCCGUACAACGUGACCGGCACGGCCACGGAGUUCCAGGUGACGCUUCGCUGGCAGCCCGGGUACGCGGGCGGGCCCGACUACAAGCAGGACUACACCAUCUGGCACCGCGAGGCCGGCUUCUCCGAGUGGACCAAGGUGCCCGUCACCCCGUCCGGCGCUACCACGGUAACGAUAAACCGCCUACAACCAGGAACGACAUACGAAUUCCAAGUGAACAGCAAGAACACGAUCGGAGAAGGAAUGAUGAGCAAGGCGAUCACUAUUCGGACGCUCGAUGUGGGCGCGAAGCCGAAGCCGGCGGCGACGCCGGCGGGCCCGCCCGACGAGAAGGUGUUCCCCACCGCACCCGAGGCUACCGGUCCAAAAUCGGGUCCACCCCGCAACCUGACCGUGACAGAGGUCCACAACGGGUUCCUCAUCACGUGGCAGGCGCCGCUGGAGCGCGCGUCGCUCGUGCAGUACUACACCAUCAAGUACCGCACCGAUGCGCACUGGAAGACCCUGAACCGCGGCCAGAUCCGCCCUGAGGAGACCAGCUACCUCGUUAAAAACCUAGUGGGCGGUCGCACAUAUUACUUCCGCGUGCUAGCCAACUCGGCAUCCAGCUUCGAAAGCUCCGAAGAGGUGAAGUUCCCAGUCCCGGCCCGCGUGAAGCACAAGGCCAUCACCGCGGGGGUGGUCGGUGGUAUCCUGUUCUUCAUCGUGGCCAUCAUCCUGUCGGUGUGCGCGGUGAAGAUCUGCAACAAGCGCAAGCGGCGCAAGCAGGAGAAAGAAAUCAUCCGCUUACAGCAUACAACAUGGUAGCGGCGCGACUCACGGAUCUGCGCGCCCAUGACAGCACUCAAGUGCCUUUUAAGAAAUUUAGUGAACGCGGAAUAUCGAGUUUAGUGCAGUGUUUGCGGCUGACGGCCAACUGGGUGUGGCCGGCGUCGCGCUGCGGGCGCGGGUCGCGCGGCUACUGGGCGCCGUCGCUCGGCUCGCUGCCCCCCUCCGCGCCCG